UGCGACCUCCAGCAGCCUUCUUGUGGACAAUGCCGAAAGGCGGCGAUCCCCUGCGGUGGUUACGCUGACAGCUUUGUCAUUCACCAGUACCAAGGGGCUGGCUCAGGCACCACCGCCGACAAGCCCUCGGACGCAGGACCCAGCAGUCAGACAUCUCAUCCCGAUUGGGGAAUCGCCGCACAGGGCCUGGAGUUCGUAGAAUGGGGUGCCCCGGUGCUCGCCCAGAAAUGGGUCGUGCCGAAAUACCUCCAACCGCCCAACGCCGACGAUGAAGACGCUGCGGAUUCCAAGACCAGAGGCAGAGCGAGCCGCCGUCCGUCUCCCCACCGGCAAGACAGCCCUGGAUCUGCCCGCUUCAGCUGGGCGGCGUCAGAGGCCGGCCUCAUCGGCGCCUUCUUUGACGCCUACUAUCCCAACCGCCGAUGCGGGCCUGCGACUACAGAGCUGCAGAGGACCCUGGGCGGGUCGAUCAUUCUAUUGCAGGACUAUGCGCCCACUGAUCCCGUCCUUCGCCAAGCUCUCCUGGCUAUUGCCUUGCGUACGCUGGGCAGACGGCCAGAUGCUCCGGCGUGGCUGGAGAAGCGUGGGAUGGCAGUGUAUAGCAGUGCUCUGCAAGAGAUGGCUGCUGCCUUGCAGUCACCCAAAAGGCGACAAAGUCUCGAUAUCCUGGGUGCCGUCCGCACUUUUAGCAUACACGAGGCUCUCUUUGGAAGUGAUGCGAACCCAAACGGGUUAUCGCAGCGGCAGAGCUGGAUGGCUCAUAAUGCUGGAGAUAUUGCUCUCAUCCUCAACAACCCUCCCUCAUACUAUAUUGACGGCUUGGCCCAUCGCCUCUUCGUCGACGGAAGACUUCACCUUCUCUUAACUGCAUUCCAAAUGAAGAAGAAGAUAUUCCUGGCGCAGUCAGAGUGGAUGACGAUUCCAUGGACCAAGCACCCCAAAACACCGCGCGACUUUCUGAUCGAUAUCCUGAUCGGCGUCAUGGAAGUCUUCGUUGAUGUGUAUGCCAUGCAGGACGCCAACGACGAAAAAGAGAAACAACUCUACCGGGAUAUCAUCAAAGGAACAGUCUCAUAUCUCAGCACAGCACUGGUUAGGUGGCACGACAAGUAUGCUGUUCCCACCAUGCCUAGCAAGAUGGGCGCCGACUUGCCAGAAUACAUCACCACCGAAGACAUUGCCGAUGGCCACGUAAUGACCAUAUUCUGGGCCAACUGCUGCCUCAUUGACCAAAUCAAACGAAUCGCCUUCGGUGAGAUCAGCUCUCCAUCCAGCAGCCCGCACGGCUGGGGCCCCCACGACGACGAGGACAUCGACCCCUUAGAUCCCGCCAACGCGUGCCACCACAUCCUCCGCGUGGUGCCCAUCUUCCUUCACCCCUCGGCAGGUAUCUUCCGCCAACAUCUCGUUCCUUUUGUCAUCGGCGCAGCGGCAUUCUACUUGACUUCAGCGGGACCGCUGCGCAUGCGGAUAGAGAGAGCUGCCAUGAUGGAUUACCUUGCCCGGCCCGAAUCGGCCUCCAUGGCGAAGUUUCUGUCAAGUAUUGAGAAGCAGACGUUUGAAGAUUUGCGGCGGCAGGCUGGCCCGCACGAAGCGGGGAUGUUUGAAAACACUUGA